AUGUUGUCAUCUAAGGCCGCAAAGGCCCGCACAGAUGAUGCCGUGGAAGCGACGCUGCAAGAAAGUGAAGUCUCGAAGAUCAAUGACGGAAGCGACGACACCAAGGACACCACAGAAACGGCCACGAAUGGCGCUGACGACGUUGCAAGCAAGGCCCAGGAGAGACUAGCAAAAUUCAAGGCCCUGAAAGCCCGUGCUAAAAACGCCACAGACAGCAAUCUUAAAGAGACAGCAGCAGAGUCUCAACGCCUCUCUACCGACCCUGCCCUGCUGUCAAGCCUGUCGCGCAAGCAUGCGUUUGCCUCUCACAACCUUCUUAAAGCGGAUACCGAGGCUGCUGGUGAAGACUUUGAGCGUAAACGAGCCUGGGAUUGGACCGUUGAAGAAUCUGAGCGGUGGGAUAAACGCAUGGAUAAGAAGCAACGCCAUCGUGAUGAUGUCGCCUUCCAAGACUAUCGCCAGGAUGCACGAAAGAUUUACAAGAGACAAAUGAGGGAGUUGCAGCCUGAUCUAGACGCAUAUGAACGAGAAAAAAUGGCAGCCGUCGAGCGCGCUGCAGCAAGUGGCGGACUGGAAAUCGUGGAAACCAACGAUGGUGAACUGGUUGCGGUAGAUAAGAAUGGAAGUUUCUAUACUACUGCUGAUUCCACCGAUUUCGUCGAGAACAAACCUGAUCGAGCAGCAGUGGAUAAACUAGUCUCUGACAUUCGAAAGGCAGAAGAAGUUCGUUUGAAGAAACGCCGAGAGCGUCGCGGCGAUGAUGACCCAGAUGUCACCUACAUCAACGAAAAGAAUAAACAAUUCAACCAGAAGCUUGCUCGAUUUUACGAUAAGGUAAGCUCGCCAGUCACGGAGUGCCUUCUAUUUUAUAAUAGUUUGCUAAUAAUGCUAUAG